CCGGGUCGGCGGGUGGAUGAACGCGAGUGUCUGUAAUGGCGGAGCGUGGCGGGGACGGAGGGGAAGGCGAGCGAUUCAACCCGGGGGAGCUGAGGAUGGCUCAACAGCAGGCCUUGAGGUUCCGAGGCCCAGCUCCCCCACCAAAUGCAGUGAUGCGAGGCCCGCCACCUCUCAUGAGACCUCCUCCUCCUUUCGGCAUGAUGAGAGGCCCUCCACCACCACCCAGACCCCCCUUUGGACGGCCUCCUUUUGAUCCUAAUAUGCCACCAAUGCCUCCCCCAGGAGGAAUACCUCCACCCAUGGGCCCACCACACCUCCAGAGACCACCUUUCAUGCCUCCACCCAUGGGAGCCAUGCCUCCUCCUCCGGGUAUGAUGUUCCCACCAGGAAUGCCUCCUGGGACUGCUCCUGGUGCCCCAGCACUGCCUCCCACUGAGGAGAUAUGGGUAGAAAACAAAACUCCAGAUGGGAAGGUUUAUUACUACAAUGCUCGGACACGUGAAUCUGCGUGGACCAAGCCAGAUGGAGUAAAGGUUAUUCAGCAAUCAGAACUGACACCUAUGCUUGCAGCCCAAGCGCAGGUUCAGGCCCAAGCCCAAGCCCAAGCCCAGGCUCAAGCCCAGGCCCAGGCCCAAGCCCAGGCUCAGGCCCAGGCUCAGGCCCAAGCUCAAGCCCAGGCCCAGGCACAAGUACAAGCGCAAGUACAAGCGCAAGUGCAAGCGCAGGCAGUAGGCGCCCCCACCCCUACAACCAGUAGCCCAGCACCUGCAGUUUCUACUUCAACACCAUCGUCCACCCCAUCCUCUACGACAGCUACCACAACAACUGCUACUUCGGUUGCACAGACAGUAUCAACACCGACAACACAGGACCAGACUCCAAGUUCUGCUGUCUCAGUUGCCACGCCUACAGUUAGUGUAUCAACUCCUGCUCCUACAGCCACACCUGUGCAAACUGUACCCCAGCCGCACCCCCAGACGUUACCUCCUGCUGUUCCUCAUUCAGUACCUCAGCCAGCAGCAGCCAUACCUGCUUUUCCACCAGUAAUGGUGCCUCCAUUUCGUGUUCCCCUUCCUGGCAUGCCAAUCCCACUUCCAGGUGUAGCAAUGAUGCAAAUAGUCAGCUGCCCGUAUGUAAAGACAGUCGCUACCACCAAGACCGGUGUGUUACCAGGAAUGGCCCCUCCUAUAGUACCCAUGAUACAUCCCCAGGUUGCUAUUGCAGCUUCACCUGCUACCUUAGCUGGAGCAACAGCAGUUUCUGAGUGGACUGAAUAUAAAACGGCAGAUGGGAAGACGUACUAUUACAAUAAUAGAACACUAGAAUCAACUUGGGAAAAGCCCCAAGAACUGAAGGAAAAAGAAAAAUUAGAUGAGAAGAUUAAAGAGCCAAUUAAGGAGGCAUCUGAAGAACCACUGCCAAUGGAGACAGAGGAGGAAGAUCCUAAGGAGGAACCUAUGAAGGAGAUAAAGGAGGAGCCCAAAGAAGAAGAGAUGACUGAAGAAGAAAAGGCUGCCCAGAAGGCAAAGCCAGUAGCUACUACUCCUAUUCCUGGUACUCCGUGGUGUGUUGUUUGGACUGGCGAUGAGCGGGUCUUCUUUUACAAUCCCACAACUCGUCUUUCUAUGUGGGACCGACCUGAUGAUUUGAUUGGAAGGGCAGAUGUUGACAAAAUUAUUCAAGAGCCCCCUCAUAAGAAAGGAUUGGAAGACAUGAAGAAGCUAAGACACCCGGCUCCAACAAUGCUGUCCAUCCAAAAGUGGCAGUUCUCGAUGAGUGCAAUUAAAGAAGAACAAGAGUUAAUGGAAGAAAUGAAUGAAGAUGAGCCUAUUAAAGCAAAAAAACGGAAGAGAAUGUCAAAGAAGUCCUUUAUGUGGAUUGCCCGAGCUUCUCUAUUUAGGAGAGAUGAUAAUAAAGACAUUGAUUCAGAGAAAGAAGCUGCCAUGGAAGCUGAAAUUAAAGCUGCCCGAGAAAGGGCCAUUGUCCCUCUGGAGGCUCGAAUGAAGCAGUUCAAGGACAUGCUGCUAGAGAGAGGGGUGUCUGCUUUUUCAACGUGGGAGAAGGAGUUGCACAAGAUAGUAUUUGACCCUCGGUACUUGCUUCUCAAUCCUAAAGAAAGAAAACAGGUGUUUGAUCAGUAUGUCAAGACCAGAGCAGAGGAAGAACGCAGAGAAAAGAAAAACAAAAUAAUGCAAGCCAAGGAAGAUUUCAAAAAAAUGAUGGAAGAAGCAAAGUUUAAUCCAAGAGCUACUUUUAGUGAAUUUGCUGCCAAACAUGCUAAAGAUUCAAGAUUCAAAGCAAUUGAAAAGAUGAAAGAUAGAGAAGCAUUGUUUAAUGAAUUUGUGGCAGCUGCAAGGAAGAAAGAAAAAGAAGAUUCGAAGACCAGAGGUGAGAAGAUUAAAUCGGAUUUCUUUGAGCUGUUAUCCAAUCAUCACUUGGACAGUCAGUCUCGAUGGAGCAAAGUAAAAGACAAAGUAGAAAGUGACCCACGGUACAAAGCGGUGGAUAGUUCUUCAAUGAGAGAAGACCUUUUCAAACAGUACAUAGAAAAAAUAGCCAAGAAUUUAGAUUCAGAAAAGGAAAAGGAGCUAGAAAGGCAAGCCCGAAUUGAGGCAAGCCUCCGAGAACGAGAAAGAGAAGUUCAAAAAGCACGUUCUGAGCAAACUAAAGAAAUUGACCGAGAGAGAGAACAGCACAAACGAGAAGAAGCAAUCCAGAAUUUCAAGGCUCUUCUGUCUGACAUGGUACGUUCUUCUGAUGUGUCAUGGUCUGAUACAAGGAGAACCCUCCGAAAAGAUCACCGCUGGGAAUCUGGGUCCUUAUUGGAAAGAGAGGAGAAAGAGAAGCUUUUUAAUGAGCACAUUGAAGCACUUACCAAAAAGAAAAGGGAGCACUUUAGGCAGCUUCUGGAUGAAACUUCUGCGAUCACCUUAACAUCCACAUGGAAAGAAGUGAAAAAAAUAAUUAAGGAAGAUCCUCGGUGCAUUAAGUUCUCCUCUAGUGACAGGAAAAAACAAAGGGAAUUUGAAGAAUACAUCAGAGACAAAUACAUCACUGCCAAAGCUGACUUCAGGACACUCUUGAAAGAGACCAAAUUCAUCACGUACAGAUCCAAAAAGCUAAUCCAAGAAUCUGACCAGCACCUGAAAGACGUAGAAAAGAUUUUGCAGAAUGACAAACGGUAUCUAGUACUGGACUGCGUACCAGAGGAGAGGAGGAAACUCAUUGUGGCCUACGUUGAUGACCUGGAUCGCCGGGGGCCACCUCCACCUCCCACAGCGUCAGAGCCCACUAGACGGUCAACAAAAUAAUUCUAAAUACCCUUCCCUGGGCUCUCUGUUAAUUGAAAACGCUUGCAUGAGCCAAAUGUUCAGGUUUUUACAUACAUGUGCAUUAGUCAACCUAUUGCAAAACCACCUGAUGAGCAGAAGAAGCAAUUGUGAGCAGUCUCUGAACAGAACACUUUGAAAAUAGUUAAUGCUUUUCUUUGUGUGGCAUGACUGACAUACAUACUCAAAUAUAGGCUGUCUAGUAAAUUUAAAAUCUUGAAGCUAAAGGUCAUCCUUUUCUGAGGUGUGGAAGUCAGUGACUUGGUGGUGUUCUCACUAGCAGUGUUACUCAGCAAGACAGGAGCCUUUGUGGUUGGAGCUUGCAAAUACCACAAACUCCAAGAAAACUAAGGGGUUUGUUUUGAUUUUGGUUUUUUUUAAGCGGGUAAAAGAGAAAACACUGAAUUGAAUUCUUGCGGAGACUAUGACUAUUCUAAUGGACACACUUUGACCUUUGUCUCUAAAGAACAGUUUAGUUGUAUUUGUUUACUUCUGUGCUUUGAUUCUCCCCUCUGAGUUAGAGGCCAAGUCUUGUUUAGCCCAGGAGAAGAUUUAUUUAGUAAUUUCUUCUCAGGUAUGAACACAUUCUUAACUAACAUAUUGACCAGAAUAGAAUCCUGGUUAAACAUACUUUAUUCUCCAGUGAAUGAUCUUUACCGAAAUUCUGAAUUAGAUACAAAAUUACCUUUCUGGGUGUUCCCUGUAAACUACUCCUGUUUGAAUGUUGAACUUUUGUUUCUAAAGUUUAAUUUUAAGAUGUUUGAAUGUUCAGUUUAUGUAUUUGAACUACAAUAAACCAACCCUUUUAUAUAUGUGGAUUGUAAAUGAUUAUUGUUACACAAUAUAUUUUAUAAAAACUCUUAAACCUGUUUUUUUUUUUUUUAUUUUUUAAAGAAAGCAAGUGAG